CACUAAAAAGACCAUCAAAAAAUAACAGAAUAUCUAUACACAUGAUCAUAUAAAUUAACUAAAACAAUAUAAAUACACUAAUGGGAUCUCAAAUUGCCUCCAAAUAUUUAAAAUCAAGUAAGAAACAACUUUCCCUCCUAAACCAAACACACCUUACCCUCACUCAAACCAACCAAAUCCACGCCCAUCUCGUCGUCUCGGGCUCGAUAUCCGACCCGUUUGCAGCCGGAAAGCUCUUAUUCUCUUACAUAGCUUCCCCACAAACCAACCUUAAUCAUGCACACACAUUGUUUGAAUCAAUUCCUCACAGAACUACUUACAUUUGGAACACCAUGAUCAGAGCUUUUACUGAUCAUGGUGCUUCUAUAGGUGCAUUAUUGCUGUUUAAACGUAUGUUCGGGUCCGGGUUUUUGCCCACGAAUCAUACAUUUUCUUUUGUGUUAAAAGCUUGUGCUGAUUUAUGUGAAGUUAAAUUCGGGUUUAUUUGUCAUGGACAAGCGGUUAAGUUGGGAUGGGAAAGUUAUGAUUUUGUACAGAAUGGAUUGAUACAUUUCUACGCGGUUUGUGACCGUUUGGAUAGUUGUCGUAGGUUGUUUGAUAUGAGUUUGAAUAAGGAUGUUGUUACUUGGACCGCGGUUAUUAAUGGGUAUGUGAAAGCGGGACAAGUGGAUAUUGCGCGCCAACUGUUUGAUGAAAUGCCUAAUAAGAAUAACGUGACUUGGAGUGUGAUGAUUAAUGGGUAUGUUCAAGUUGGGUUGUUCAAGGAGAGUUUGGAUUUGUUUAAUGAUAUGUUGGAACGUGAGGUUCGGCCUAAUCAUUCUAGUAUCGUGGUUGCGUUAUCUGCGUGUGGUUUUCUUGGUGCGUUGGAUCAAGGUAGAUGGAUUCACGCAUAUGUUGAUAAGAAGAAGAUGGAGUUGGAUGGGAUAUUGGGGACGGCGUUAGUGGAUAUGUAUGCAAAGUGUGGGUGUAUUGAAUUAGCUUAUCGUGUGUUUGAGGAGAUGCCUUGUAGGGAUGUAUUUGCUUUUACGUCGUUGAUUUCUGGUUUGGCUAAUCAUGGGGAAAGUGGACGUGCAAUUGCAUUGCUUUCUAGGAUGAAGACAGAAGGGGUUAAACCAAACGAGAUUACGUUCAUUUGUGUUCUAAAUGCAUGUAGUCGGAUGGGAUUAGUUGAUGAAGGUGUAAAUGUUUUUGAAAGCAUGACGGAUGUUUAUGGGAUUGAGCCUCGUGUACAGCAUUAUGGUUGUUUAGUGGAUCUUUUAGGUGGUGUUGGAAUGCUAGAGCAAGCGAAGAAAGUGGUGACCGAGAUGCCCAUGGAGCCUGAUUCUUAUGUGUUGGGUGCAUUGUUGAACGCAUGUAGGGUUCAUGGUAAUGUUGAAUUGGGCGUAGAAAUGGUUGAGGGUUUGGAGGAAAAAGGCCUUGAUCGUAGUGGAGUUCAUGUUCUUCUUUCAAAUAUAUAUGCAUCGGUUAACCAAUGGGGUUAUGUGGAAAAUGUGAGGAAGAAGAUGGAAAACGAGAAGGUGAAAAAGGAUCCGGGGUGCAGCUCGAUUGAAGUUGAUGGUUUGGUAUGUGAAUUUGUUGCUGGAAACAAGUUGCUUACAAAGGAGAUUGAAUUGUUGUCUUCAGGAAUUGACAAGCACCUGAGAUCAUAUUGGAUUGAUCAUGAUGUAACAUUUGGAUCAUAGCUAGUUAUGAAAAGCAACUUCAACAACAGGAUCUAGGCCAAACAUUGAAACAUAUACUCAGAUUGAACAGUCUUCGUCUUCUAAAGACAAAAAACACUUCUUUGACUUGAAUUCUCUGUUGACUGCAUUACCCGAUGAUUAAGCAGGAAAAACACUUGAGUGACUUGUUGAUUGUAUAUACAAGCUUAUAGCCUUAUGCCCUUAUACUACAUUCUUUACCUCACCUGUUAAUGUAAUAAUGUCCAAACAGUCGUUCAAGAAGCAAGAUAAUGGAACCUUCAACGGUAUAAAUCUGUAGAUUUAAUAAUGCAUUAAAAUUAUGGACUAUAUCAGCAAAAAGAUGGAAGUAUUGGAGGUGCAGAAAAAAUGAUCAGUUUCAACUAGUUAAGGCAGACCUUAUACAAGUGUUCAUUUUAUUAUUUUUUUAUUUGUAUUUUUUAAUUUUCACAUAUGUAGUGAUGGUAUUGAAUUUUGAUAAAGGAUGUUUUGAGUCUUGACUAUAUAUCUUGGUAAGUGUUUGCUUCAUGACUAAUUCU